ACCGCUUCCUGGCCGUCAAUAAGAAGCUGGGCCUGAGUGGGCGUCCGGAUCGACCCGUGGGCUGCAUCGGCACCUCCAAGAUUUAUCGCAUCCUCGGCAAGACGGUGGUGUGCUACCCGAUCGUCUUUGAUCUGAGCGACUUCUACCUGUCCCAGGAUGUGAUGCUGCUGAUUGACGACAUCAAGAACGCCUUGCAGUUCAUCAAGCAGUGUUGGAAGAUGCCGGGCCGUCCUCUCUUCCUGGUCCUCAUCCACGAGGACAACAUCAAGGGAAGCCGCUUCAGUCCAGUCCUGGACAUGCUGGCUUCCUUCAAGAAGGGCAGCAUUGGAGGGGUCAAAGUUCACGUGGACAGACUCCAGACGUUGAUAUCUGGAGCCGUGGUUGAGCAGCUGGACUUCCUGCGAGUCAACGAGGCCGAGAUCCCGGAGUUCAGGAGCUUCGAGGAGCUGGAGAUGCCCAAACACUCCAAGGUGAAGCGUCAGACCAGCACGCCCAACGCCUCCGACCUGGAGCAGCAGCCCGAGAUCAGCGUGGACGAGUGGCUGCACAAGCCCACCGACGAGGUCCUCCAGAAGUUCCACGACUGCGACUGCUUAGCCAGCCAGGCUCAGCUUGCUGGGAUCCUGAUCCAGAGGGAAGGCCCGCACUUUCUGGAUAAAGAUGAGAGCCUGAUGGACGAGCUGGAGAGGAUCUACAGGAGAGCUGGCAGCAGGAAGCUUUGGCUGGCGGUGCGUCACGCCGCCGCCGUUAUCAAGAAGUUCGCCAGCUCUAUCGCGCCUAACAUCACCUCCAUACUGGUGAACGGGAAGCAGGUGACCCUGGGCGUGUUCGGCCGCGAGGAGGAGGUGAUCUCCAACCCGCUGUCGCCCGGCGUCAUCCAGGGCAUCAUCUACAGCAAGUGCUGCCCACCAGGGGGCGAGCGUGAGGCGGUCCUGCAGCAGGAGCUGGUCAUCCACAUCGGAUGGAUCAUCUCCAACAACCCCGAGCUCUUCAGCGGCAUGCUCAAGAUCCGAGUCGGGUGGAUCGUGCAGGCCAUGAAGCAGGAGCUGAAGGUCCGGGCGGGGGACAUGUGCCCCCAGGACAUCUACCAGCUGUCCCCCAGCGACAUCAAGCAGCUCCUGCUGGACGUCCUGCAGCCUCAGCACACCCGCAGGUCCUGGCUCCACCGUCGCCAGAUCGACGGCUCCUUGAACCGAACCCCACUGGGCUUUUACGACCGGGUCUGGCAGAUCCUGGAGAGGACGCCCGGCGGGAUCCUGGUCGCCGGGACGCACCUUCCGCAGCAACCCACGCUGUCGGACAUGACCAUGUACGAGAUGAACUUCUCCCUGCUGGUGGAGGACACGCUGAAGAGCAUCGUCCUGCCCGAGUACAGACAGGUGGUCGUGGAGCUCCUGAUGGUGGUCUCCAUCGUGCUGGAGAGGAACCCCGAGCUGGAGUUCAGCAGCGAGGUGGACCUGGACGCUCUGGUGAGGGACGCCAUGGCCGACUUCCAGAAGGACGGCUUCGGGAAGCAGGUGAGACGAAGUCUUCCUCCCUCGUCUUCCUGGUCCAAACUAAAAACCACAUCCGCUCCUCCGCAGGACGUCACGCAGGCCUUCUUCAACACGGCCCCUGUGGGCCAGAGGAGCACCUCCAGCUACCUGACCAAGGCCGUCCUGGUCCAGCUGCUGCGGGGCGACGUCAAGCCCUGCAAGGACGACCCCUGCUCUGUUAGCUAGCUGCUUUGCUCAGCCGCUAGCACGAUGGCGCUAGUCGCGCUAAUCCUUCGGCGAGAAUUGAGGUGGAAGAUGUUAGCAUAAACAAGCUACAUGCUGGCGGGCGUGGCGCCAUUUUGUUUCUUGUCUCAUCGUAGCGCAGUUAGCUAAUAAAGCUAGCCUAAUUAACUCCAAGUUAGUAUCCGAGUUUAGCAUAAAGAAUUUUUGGUAAACACUGAGACUGCCACAAUUUUUUGUCAUGAAUUAGCUCCUCCAACCAGCAUUUUUACUGGCAACGACAAGCUAAAUGAAUGCUAGCGGGCGUGGCGCCAUUUUGUUUCUUAUCUGUAAUCGUAGCGCAGUUAGCUAAUAAAGCUAGCCUAAUUAACUCCAAGUUAGUUGCCCUAGUUUAGCAUAAAGAAAUUAAAAUAUCGACAAGCACUUAAAAACUCCGAAACAGAACAUAUUUUUUUGUAAACACUGGGACUGCUAGUAGCUAGCACAAUAAACUCUUGCCCUUCAGCAGCCAUCUUGGAAAGGUACUGAGCUAGCUUCUAAAUGUUUGUUGAUUCUAUCUCAAAAUAAUGUUCUGCCACACUUUUUUUGACAUGAAUCAGCUCCUCCGACCAGCAUUUUUCUUAACAACAACAAGCUAAAUGCUAGCGGGCGUGGCGUCAUUUUGUUUCUUCUCUCAUCGUAGCGCAGUUAGCUAAUAAAGCUAGCCUAAUUAACUCCAAGUUAGUUGGCUUAGUUUAGCAUAAAGAAAUGAAAAUAUCUGCAAGCACUUAAAGCCCCCAAAAUAUUUUUUUUUUGUAAACACUGAGACUGCUAGUAGCUAGCAUGAUAAACUCUCGCCGCUCCGCAGCCAUCUUGGAAAGGUUUUGAACUAGCUUUUAAAGUUCUGUUGAUUAUAUCUCAAAAUAAUGUUCUGCCACACUUUUUUGUCAUGAAUCAGCUCCUCUGACUAGCAUUUUUAUUGGCAACAACCUUUUGUUUCUUGUCUGUAAUCGUAGCGCAGUUAGCUAUUAAAGCUAGCCUAAUUACUCCAAGUUAAUUGGCCUAGUUUAGCAUAAAGAAAUGAAAAUGAAAAUCCCCCUAAACAAAACAUAGUUUUCUGUAAACACUGAGACUGCUAGUAGCUAGCGCGAUAAACUGUCACAUUUAUGAGCCCCAUUUUGACAAGCUAACUGUUAGCCUGUAGCAUGCUAAUAUCAUAACCUACUCAUUUUGGUGCCGUUGAUGCUGUUAUGAUAGCUGUAACCCAUGGCAAGAUUUUAGGUUGAAACUGUUAGCGACAACGAGCUAAAUGCCAGCACUUUGUUUCUUGUAGCAUCUAAAAUAAUAGCGGACGAAAAAGCUAAAGUAGCCAAAUUUGCCAAAUUCAACAUUUUUAGGGAGUAGAUGCUAAAUUUGCGAUUGACUAGUCAGUUCAAGAAGUUUAUGAGCCCCGUUUUGACAAGCUAACUGUUAGCCUGUAGCAUGCUAAUCUCGUAACCUACUCAUGUUGGUGCCUUUGGUGCUGUUAUGUUAGCUCUAACCCUUGACAAGAUUUCAGGUUGAAACUGUUAGCGACAACGAGCUAAAUGCCAGCACUUUUGUUUCUUGUCUGUAGUUGCGCGUGUAGCGGAUUAGCUUAGUUUAGCAUAAAGAAAGAAAUCAACCACUGGUACUUGUCUCUCGGAGAAAACAGUUUUCUGAGACUGCUAUAAGCUUUUUCGUGGGUCGUUUGAGUGUAUUCUUUCCAAACUGGGCAGCCAUCUUGGAGAGGUCUUGCUAGCUAGCUUGAAAAAUAUUAUUGAUUAUGGCUCAAAAUUCUGUUUAAAAUUAUUUUAUCUGAAACUUGUGAACAAUUCUUGACGUAAAUUAUCUACUUAAACAACUCACUGUUUUUUUACCCAAUUGUUUUUUUAAGUUAGCUGCCAUAGCAUCUAAAAUAAUAGCGGACGACAAAAGCUUAAGUAGCCAAAUUUGCUACAUUAAAAGACUUGUUGCAAUUCAACAUUUUUACGGAGAAGAUGCUAAAUGUGCGAUUGACAACUCUGUCGUCCAUUCAAGCAGUUUAUGAGCCCCAUUUUGACAAGCUAACUGUUAGCCUGUAGCAUGCUAAUCUCUUAACCUACUAAUUUCGGUGCCUUUGGCGCUGUUAUGAUAGCUGUAACCCAUGACAAGAUUUUAGGUUGAAUUUGUUAGCGACAACGAGCUAAAUGCCAGCUCUUUGUUGCUUGUCUGUAGUUGCGCGUGUAGCGGAUUAGCUUAGCGUAGCAUAAAGAAAGACCUCAUCCAACGGCACUUAUCUCUCGGAGAAAACGGUUUUCUGUGAACAUCGGGACUGCUAUAAGCUUUUUUUCUGUGCGUCGUUUGAAUGUAUUCUCACAAAUUUUGGCAGCCAUCUUGGGAAGGGCUAGCUAACCUUACAAGCUUUGUGAGCUAGUAAGGUUUGUUGACAACGGUUCAAAAAAACAACGGUUCAAAUGCCUUUUCUGUGACACCUGUGAACAUUUCUUGACGUUAUUCAUCCCUCACCCACAUUUUCCCCGCCGUUUUGUUCCUACUUAAACAAUUUGCUGCCCAACAUUGUAUGUGUCGUCAGACCUCAGCUAGCGCUACAUCAUUUAACGAAUAAUGGACAAAUCAGCAGAAACAGACAAAUAUAUUUUAGUGGAUGUUUGACAUGUUUACGGCGAACAUACAAAUUAGGGUGAAUGCGCCAUGCUAGCUGUUAGCCUGCAUGCUAGUCAUAUUGCUAAUCCAGUGCAUGCACGCAAAGCUACAGUGCGUUAGCAUAGUUUACGCACACGUGAAAAUGUUGAUUGUUUGCUGGGUUUCAGCAUUUUGGUGGUGUUAGUGAAUAGAACCACCCGUUUUUGGGUCCGGUUGGAGUUAUUCCGCUGAAUGGCAGACGCUAGAAAAAGUGAUUAAAAAUGGUUUCAAGUGUGUCGUGGAGUGUCUGUGUCGUCAAUCCACCCACAGGAAGUGGUUCGAGUGGCGAUAUUGUCUGU